AUGACAAUGAAGACCCUUCGCAUACUGGUUGGUAACGAAGUGAUUCAAGUCCUAAAAUUAUCAGAAGAGCGAAGUAGGAGAUCUGAAAAUUAUUUAAGUCGCAAUUCCUGUUCAGACAGUAAAGAAAAGAGCUCAAUUACUACUUCUGAUGGUCGAAGGAAUUCACCUUCAAUCUCCGAUGACGAAAAAAGGAGUUCGCAUUCUGCUUCUGUUAAUCAAAGUAAUUCACCUUCAAUCUCCGUUGGCCAAAAAAGGAGUUCACCUUCAAUCUCCGAUGGCCAAAAAAGGAGUUCACCUUCUACUUCAGAUAGUCAAAGCAAUUCACCUUCUACUUCAAAAGGUGAAUUCUCUCGAUGGGGGGAAACUGCAAAAAGAGGCCGAAGGAGCUCAUCGACAUCAGCAGCAGCAUCGCAUUCUUCUGAUAAUCUAAAGGAACCAGUUUUCGGCGAGAAAGAACUAGUCGACACUCUAAUGCAUCUAUGGGCUUUGUCGAAUAGCUAUUCUCUUGAUCCGGCAAAGAAAGAAAGAAGAAACGCAGAUAAGAAGCGGAAAUUUGAAGACACCAAUAUCGUUCACUAUACAGAAGAAGAUGGAUUAAAGAAAGCGAGAAUUGAGAAUUACAGGGAUGAUGAGAUCAUGUUAGAUUCUGCGAAGAAGAUGAAUUUAGAAGCAACUCACAAGCAGAUACCAAUAUUGUCUACUGCUGGUUCUCGUAAAUUCAGCUGUGGUAAUUGUGGGAAAUCUUUUAGUUGUCAUCAAGCUUUGGGUGGUCAUAAAUCAACCUGCAACAGCAGUUUCUUGAUAAGAGAAGUAGGCGAAUCUUCACUGCAGGGUUUAAUGAGAAAUAAGAAUAAGAAUUCCGCAACUUCAAAGGGCGGGCCUCAUGAGUGCAAAAUAUGCGGUAAGGCGUUUCCGAACGGUUGGGCUCUAGGUGGGCAUAAAAGGAGUCAUAGGACCGGACAAGUUGAACCUAGUAGGAGAUCAACAGUUUCACCACCAAAGGAAAUCACUAAGGAGUCUCUACAUCCAAUUAACUCAUUCACGCAAUCCGUUCCAGAAGCGCAAGACGAGUCGUUGCGUCUAGUUAGCUCAUUCAAAUCAUCCGUUCCAGAAGCGCAAGAAGACACUGUAGCGGAGGAUAAGAAGAUUAUGAUGUUCGACCUCAACCAAAGUCCACCAAAGGAUGAGGAUGAAUUUGAUGAGUUAUUGUUAUGUUUGGAACCACCAAUUCCGUUUUAG